AUGGCCAGUCAUUCCAGUCGGGCCCCCCGCGACUGGCCCGGGGCCCCCCGCGACUGGCCCGGGGCCCCCCGCGACUGGCCCGGGGCCCCCCGACUGGCCCGGGGCCCCCGCGACUGGCCCGGGGCCCCCCGCGACGGCCCCGGGGCGCCCCCCGCGACUGGCCCGGGGCCCCCGCGACUGGCCCGGGGCCCCCGCGACUGGCCCGGGGCCCCCCGCGACUGGCCCGGGGCCCCCCGCGACUGGGCCAGGGCCCAGGAAGGUGGCAAGAGAAGGAUUCUAACCAUUAAGGAAGACAUGGCAGUAACCGAGGAGGGAGAGCAGCAGCGGGAAGCAUUAUAUGUAAAUAAAGCAUAA